UGGGGUUCCCACCGAUUGCCCUGGGAGUGCGGCCACUGUGGCAGAAACAUUCCCAUGCGAUUUCUGCAGGGAAGCACUCUGCCCCUCUCUGACAUCUUGGGCAGGGGUGCGGGAGGCUGUGCAGCAGGACUGGUGGGUCUGGAAGGCGACCAUGUCACCAUGGCCUCCCAUCUCACGGCUGGUGACAUGAGAACGAGAGAAGGAGCCAGAAGGAGCAGAGUCUUGUUUUUCAAUCUAAAAGUGGAUGAGUCUUCCUUUUUUCUAAUAUUACUGAUGUCCUGUCCGGGUGUACGGACUGCGUCAGCGUGUGUUCUGUGUGACAGAUGGCUCUUGGAGAUCUGGCUAGAGGGGGCUGGUCAUCUGUCCACGGAUCCGUGACCACAGGAGAUUUUCUGUAGACAGUCGUCUGGAUUUGCUCAUAGAAGUUCCCCCGAGGCCUCCCUGCCAUUUCUGAUCUCUUACUUUGAAUCUAUGCUCUCUGUGCUCUGUGCGGGAGGAGGGCGGACCUCCUUCUCUCUCUGAGCCCCGCAGGGACCUCGGGUACAUCCAGCUGCUGGAGUGACCUAGGCAGGGGCAGGCAGCUCAUGCUCAACCCCGCCGUGGAGGGCAAAGCAGCGGCAGAACAGGACUUACUCAGGGCCCUAGGGACCUCUCCUGGUUGCAGAGCCUUGGGGAUGAGGGGCCCUCAGGAGCCACGAGGACAGACCCCAGUUAGAGGACCCGGGGGGCCUCCAUGACCACCAGCCACUCUGCCCAGCGUCGGACUGCUCCGCUCUCGACACAGCCCCUGCUCCGGCACGGGACCAUGUAGCCCAGUGUCUGAAGCUUGGCCUGGCCUUGCCGACAGCGCACCCUUGGCCAGCUGUUUAUCCUCCGUGUGAAACGGGCCAUGGGAAGGCAGGGCCAUGAAUGAGUGUCGGAGGUUCGGGCCCGUGGUUGGCACACCCGUGCGGCAGGUGCAGCCACUGGCGGCGUCGGAGCUCAGGGCCCUGUGGUCAGUGUGCGUCUCAGCUGCGGGGUAGGUUUCUGGGUAUGAGCCUGGUGCUCACAUCUGCCUUGGGACUUGCUGUCCUGGCAAAGAUGGUCCCAGUACCUCUCAUUUUCCCGAUGCCGUGCAAAGGAGGAACAGACGUGCUUCUCUGGCACAGGGGCCUGGAGACGUGAGGCGACCUGACUCUGGGGCGAGGCCCGAGCUCUGCUGAGUUCAGGGAGGGGUGGCCGCCCCAGACCUCACCACUUGGCGUGGUUUUCCUCCUGGGGCUUACGUGUGCCUGUGCCUGCUUCACCCCGUGGAGGACCACCCUGGGUCAGCCAGGACUGGAGCUCUCUGUGCAGCCUCCAGUGCCCCAGGCUGUCCGUGAGCCUGUGAGAGCUGCUUGGGGCCGGUGGCAUCUGCACAGAGGGUCUUGGAAGGUUGGGGCCAGCCGGUCCCUGGGCACUGUUCCCUCGGACCUUCAGCUGCCCUUGAUCUGUGUUGCUCAGAAGCAACCCUCAGCCCAUCUUAGAAUCCUGGGCUUUCAGAGUACAGUUUUGCUGUCCUGCGUGUGUACAUCACCACGGUGCCUUUUAUCCCCCUAAUGGUUUUCCUGGUGAGCCUCAUGAAUUUUCCACAUAGCCCUUCCCCUUGUGUGCAUGGACAAAGCACCCGGUCUUUACGCCUCUCCCUUCUGGUUCCCACCUCCCCGGGAUUUUCUUGGGGAAUCAUGGCUUCACUGUUUGUGCUCUUAGAGUAACCCGGGUUUGAUUGUCAGCCGCUGGCCUUGGACCGAUACACAAGGGAACUGAAGGGGCGUUCUGGGCUGUGCCUUCCCAGGAGCCCUGUUUGUGGAUGAAGAGGGCUCCACUGUGUUCUGAACUUGGGGGGAGACCCGGCUGGGAGUGCAUUUGCCUGUCACCCCUGGGAGAACACUUGGGUUGUGUGGAGCAUGUUGUGAGGCUGCACCUGUCAGUUCCCAUCAGUUCACAGCAGUCCCAGAGACCAGGUGUGACCUGCGUGGGAAGCCAGCGUUCUUCCAGAGAGAGACGUGUGCUUGGCAGGAUGGCGGGUUCCAUGUGUGCUGUAAACAGACACGUGGCUGCGGGUGUCCUGGACCGCUUUUCUCAAAUCCAGCCGAAGCUCAUCUUCUCCGUGGAGGCUGUCGUGUACAACGGCAAAGAGUACAGCCACAUGGACAAGUUGCAGCAGGUGGUGAAAGGACUUCCGGACUUGAAGAAGGUGGUGCUGAUUCCUUACGUUGCCUCUAAAGAGAAGAUAGACAUUUCCAAGAUUCCAAAUAGCGUGUUCCUGGAUGAUUUUCUUGCCACCGGGAAAGGUGCGCAGGCCCCGCAGCUGGAGUUCGAGCAGCUGCCCUUCAGCCACCCCCUCUUCAUCAUGUUCUCGUCGGGCACGACCGGGGCGCCCAAGUGCAUGGUGCAUUCCGCUGGGGGCACCCUUAUCCAGCACCUGAAGGAACAUGUCCUUCACGGCAACACAGGCAGCGGCGACAUCUUGCUGUAUUACACCACAGUCGGCUGGAUGAUGUGGAACUGGAUGGUGUCGGCUCUUGCCACGGGGGCGGCUGUGGUCUUGUACGACGGCUCCCCGCUGGUGCCCACGCCCAACGUGCUCUGGGACCUGGUUGACAGGAUAGGCAUCACCAUCCUUGGAACGGGUGCCAAGUGGCUGGCCGUCCUUGAAGAGAAACAGUUGAAGCCAGUGGAAACCCACAGUCUCCAGACACUUCACACGAUCCUGUCCACUGGCUCCCCUCUGAAAGCCGAGAGCUAUGACUACGUCUACAAGUGCAUUAAGAGCAGCGUCCUCCUGGGCUCCAUCUCAGGGGGCACCGACAUCAUCUCUUGCUUCAUGGGCCAGAAUUUUUCUGUUCCUGUCUAUAGAGGGGAGAUUCAGGCCCGGAACCUGGGCAUGGCCGUCGAAGCCUGGAACGAGGAAGGAAAGGCAGUGUGGGGGGAGAGCGGCGAGCUGGUGUGCACCAAGCCGAUCCCCUGCCAGCCCACGCACUUCUGGAACGAUGAGAACGGGAGCAAGUACAGGAAGGCCUAUUUCUCCAGAUUCCCAGGUGUCUGGGUGCACGGCGACUUCUGCAGAAUCAACCCCAAGACGGGGGGCAUCAGCAUGCUGGGCCGGAGCGAUGGCACACUCAACCCCAACGGAGUGCGAUUUGGCAGCUCAGAAAUCUAUAACAUUGUGGAGGCCUUCGAGGAGGUGGCGGACAGCCUCUGCAUCCCCCAGUACAACAAGGACGGGGAUGAGAGGGUGCUUCUCUUCCUGAAGAUGGCUUCCGGCCACUCGUUCGGGCCCGAGCUGGUGAAAAGCAUCUGUAACGCCAUCCGCGUCGGCCUGUCUGCACGGCACGUGCCCAGCCUCAUCCUGGAGACCAAGGGCAUCCCGUACACCCUCAACGGCAAGAAAGUGGAAGUGGCCGUGAAGCAGAUCAUCGCUGGAAAAGCCGUGGAGUACCGAGGGGCCUUCUCGAACCCCGAGGCCCUAGAUUUGUACCGGGACAUCCCCGAGCUGCAGGACUUCUGAGUCGGCCCGGCUUGCUCGGCACCUGCCACAUGCAUCUGUGCUGUGACUUUCAUGGGGUCAAGACGUUACUUUGGGA